AUGCCUCGGAUCACACCAUGUCACGCCCGUGUACUGGAGGGCUUUCCGCCACAAGGAAACGACUACUUGGACGACGAGUUCUCGCCUCCCGACCAAGCUUCGACGGACUCGAGCCAGGAGAACAGUGGAUCCGUUAUGUACUUCACAGCCAAAUCCGCUUUCAGCGAGCCCUCCGAAGAGUAUCAACAAACGAUCUUGCAGGUGCUGGACACCGAAUCUGGCGUGUUCUUCGAUAAAGUCUGCCAGGGGUCUAAGGGAACACUAAAGGUGGAACAACUCGCCCCCGAGAUGUUCGACGAUCAACAUGCUGUCACUGUCAAGAUCGACUCUCCGGGGCGUCUUCGUCGGAACUUCGCCUCGGAUCACCUCGUCGGGAUGGUCGCGCCGCCGGUUCCCUCCCUCAUGCUCACGCUGCCGACACCUCAGCUUCCUGGCUCGCCCAUAUUCGUACCGACGUCCCCAAUCACGGUUACCAAGUUCAUUACGGCGGCAGCACAACCUUCGAACCUCGUACCCCAGCCUCUUCAAGCAUCGCGUCCGGUACCUGUCAUGCAGUUCUGCGAAGACUGUGUUCUUGCGCCUCCUGAUAGCGGCUUCCUGUGUCACUCCUGCGAUCAACAAUGGCUCGCCUGCAAAGUCUGGUAUCAGGCAAAUGACGGCGGAAGAAGGCAGCGGCUCACGGAACCCUACAUCAAGCCAGCAGAAAGCACUGCAGCAAACCGAGCUCUGAUAGACUUUCUGCGCGCUCCCACUGGCUCUGGCAACUCUUACGGACUUGGGAUCAGAGCUGCGCCUGAGGUCGUUAGUCGGAGCAGGUUCCGGAAGCUGGCGCCUCUACUUGCUAUGGCCACUGCAGAGUCUUCCAUGAGCGUGAUCUAUCGCGAAGAGGUGCUGCCUCUGGCCCGACGAAUGCUCUCUGUUGUCGACUUGCGCGUGCUGGCUGUCCUCCCUCGGAAGCUCUGGGCGGUUCUCGUCAACAUCCUCUCUUACAACGUCCAGCUCUUGGUCCACUUCCUCAACGCACUGGCUGAACUCAACCUACGCGUCGGGUACGACGUCCCGAGCGUCUCAGAGUAUCUAUGGAUGAUGACGGAAGAGUCGAUGGACGACACGCGACUCUUGGAAAGGGCGACGCGCACCACAUCCCGAUUCCUGGAGCACCUCUCGAAUUGA